CACAAGCCUCUCUGCAAUCCCCUCCAUUAUUUUCUUUCCCUGUUUUUCCUUUCUACGCCCCUUUACAUGUAAUGAAUACAGAUUGUUUGUGCUGACGUCUGGAUCCGCUGUUAGGAAAGCAAAAGAUCAUCUGAGCUGUAUCCGAAAGGAGUGGACAGUCUGCUGCAGCAGCAGGACGAAAAAUCUUCUUGCAUCCAUCAUCUGGAGACUGUCCUGUAUGCCUGUUUCAUGUUUCCGUAAAGAGCUUGUUUCUGUAUUAAUUACAAUAUGAUUAAGCCAAUUAUGAAGAGCACAUAUAAGUGUAAAAUCCUUACAUAAAUGUAAACUUACCCAGAUGAUUUAAAAGCAGCUCUCUUUUAGAGUGGAAAAUGACUAAGGCAAAAGCCAGACUUCAUUAAAUUUCCAACCAUCCCAGCCAACUGAGGGGGUAAUACAGUACAUAUGUAAAACAGAUAUGCCGUCAACAAGUAUUAAAAGCAGACCCCUAACAAAGACUGGUAGACCAUGAACUGUUACGGAACAGGCUUUUUCCCAGCAUUGCUCAGCUGAAGAUGAAAACAGGCGCAUUUGAAAAAGCAGAUGUUGGUUUUCAGUUCCUGAUUAUACUGAUAAGAAAAAAUUCAGAAGAAAAUGAUGCUAUUUUGUUAUUAUGACUAGAUAACAAACAAUUUCUUCAGCCCUGUUGUAGAUCUUCAAUGUUUGCUUCAGUGGAAAUUUAAACAAGAAAUUCAUGACUUGAGGAGAAAUAUGAUCAUCUACAUUUUUCAGUGCUUCUGCAGUUAUAAGCUUCAAAUUCCAGUGGGAAUUACAGUCCAUGAUUGUUGAAAUGAGCAUAUUGUAUAAAUUUACCAGGCUUGUUGCUGCUAUGAAUUUGUUUUCAAACCAAACUGGAUUUUUGUUUGCAUCUGAAUACCCAUAACGGUCAUUAAGCACACGUCAUCAAUAUAUUUGCAGUCUGUGUUUACAGAUAUGCUAAUCUUGCUUAUUUUCUAUAGUUACAAUAGAAAACUGACUAGAAGUAUAUACAGUUUUUUUUUUUAAGACCAUAAUCUAAGACUGAAUUAAAAUGCUAAGCAAGGUAAUGAUAAAGACAAACAUCUACAGCACUUUGUAAUUAGAUAUAUAAAUGAUUAACUGACUUAUGGAUCAUGGCUUUAAUAGAUAACUGUAUUCUCCUAACUCUAGCUAUAUUUUCUUUCUCACUUGUGGACAAAUCAUUUAGCAAUUACUCAGACUGGCUAUCACUGUUAGACAAUGGUGCUCAGAAUCACAAAUUACACGAUUUCACAGUAAAGACAAAACAGAAAAAUCAUAUGUUUCAUCCAUGCAUCUAUUUUGAUUGGGUUGAUGUUCAAGGAUUAAGAGAAAAAGCACACACAACUCAUUUACAUUUAUUUAAGAUUAUUAGGAAUGCUGUAACUACUAUGCAGUCGAAUCCAUCUUCUUACUUGCCACCACCAAAGCACGCUGAUUUUGCUGCAAAGUGGAAUGAGAUUUAUGGAAAUAAUUUGCCACCAUUAGCAUUGUAUUGCCUUCUUUCCCCAGAUGAUAAAACUGCGCUUGCAUUCGCCCUGGAAUAUAUGGAUAGGAUGGCUAAUUACAAAGAUUGGCUGGUUCAGACUGCUCCAGGGGAUGAGGUCCCAGUUUGUCACUCAUUAACUGGUUUCGCAACAGCUUAUGAUUUCUUGUAUCAGUUUUUAGACGAUGAUAGAAGACGCAAAUAUUUGGCAAAGAUUCAGUCAGUAAGUGAAGAAAUGUAUCGGUAUUCUAAAUUUCGUGCCUGGGGGAGACACUUUCUUCAUAACCAUCAAACUACAAAUAUGUUGGCCUUGCUCACAGGUGCUCUAGUUAUGCAAAAUUACAAAGAAGAUGAGGCAAAUGUUUGGAAACAAGGUGUAGUCAAUGUGAUGGAAAAAAAUAUGUUUCUUCUUAAUCAUGUUGUAGAUGGAUCUUUAGAUGAAGGAGUUGCCUAUGGCAGCUAUACAGCAAAAUCAAUAACACAAUAUGUAUUCUUAGCAAAACGCCAUUUUGGUAUUAACCAUUUUGAAAACAAUUGGCUAAAAAUGCACUUCUGGUUUUAUUACUCUACAUUGUUGCCAGGAUUUCAGAGGACUGUGGGAAUAGCAGAUUCAAACUAUAACUGGUUUUAUGGUCCUGAAAGUCAGUUAGUAUUUUUAGACACAUUUAUUUUGCAGAAUGGUAGUGGCAAUUGGCUAGCUCACCAAAUUAGAAAACACAGGCCUAAAGAUGGACCUAUGGUGCAAUCCACUUCACAAAGGUGGUGCACACUUCAUACAGAAUAUUUAUGGUAUAAUGCACAGCUUCUUCCACAUCCACCAUCUGAUUAUGGUAAAGCAAAAAUAUAUGUCUUUCCUAAUUGGGGAGUGGUGACCUAUGGAGCUGGUUUACCAAAUAGUCAGGACAACACAUUUCUUUCCUUUAAAUCAGGAAAGCUUGGUGGGCGUGCAGUUUAUGAUAUUGUUCAUUUUCAGCCAUACUCAUGGAUAGAUGGGUGGUGGAAUUUUAAUCCUGGACAUGAACAUCCAGAUCAGAAUUCCUUCACGUUUGCUCCCAAUGGCCAAGUAUUUGUUUCUGAAGCUCUCUAUGGGCCAAAGCUUAGUCAUCUGAAUAAUGUACUAGUUUUUGCUCCAUCUCCUUCAAGCCAGUGUAAUACUCCUUGGGAAGGACAACUUGGAGAAUGUUCACAUUGGCUUAAAUGGACAACAGAUGAAUCUGGUGAUGCAGCUGGUGAAAUUAUAACAGCAAAUCAGUCUGGGGAAAUGGUAUUUGUAAGUGGUGAGGCAGUUUCUGCCUAUUCAUCUUCAAUGAAAUUAAAAAGUGUUUAUCGUGGCUUGCUGCUCUUAAAUCAUCAGACCCUUCUAGUGAUUGACCACAUAGAAAAAUAUAAAGAUUCUCCACUUUCUUUAGCCAGUGCAUUUUUUCAUAAUCUUGAUAUUGAUUUUAAAUAUGUUCCAUUUAGAUUUUCAAGUAAAUACAAUGGUGCCAUGAUGGACAUAUGGGAUGCACAUUAUAAAAUGUUUUGGGUAGACCAAAAUGGUAAUAGUCCAGUUGCUAAGAUACAAGAAGCAGAACAGACUGCUGAGUUUAAAAAACGAUGGACUCAGUUUGUAAACGUAACCUUUCCAUUGAAUGACAAUAUUUCUAGAAUAGCAUACUUAUUUUAUGGUCCAUAUGUUAAUGUGUCAAAUUUGAAAUUCUUAGAGAAUAGCAAAUAUGGAGUUAAAAUUUCCAUUAAUCUUAAUAAUACUGAAAAAAUAGUAUCCAUAGUAACUCAAUACAGUGAUUUAGAAGCCAGGUUUAACUUUCUUGGAUUUGGUGGUUAUGCCAAAGUAGAAGAUGCAGACAAAAUAGUCAAGUUUGGUCUAGGCAUUGAGCAUGCAAAAAAAUAUAAAUUGAAAAUGAAUGUAUAUAAUUUUGGAUUUAAAAUACAUUUAUCUAUUGUGUUAAUUUUGUCUUUAAGUUUGGGUAUUUUAGCCUUUCAUGGGAGAUUUUAUAUUUCCUUUAGCAAAUUAAUGCGUUGGAUCUUAGUUUUGAUCAUAGCACUGUGGUUUGUUGAACUGAUGGAUGUAUGGAGCACUUGCACUAAACCAAUGUGUGCAAAGUGGAAUAAUGAAAUUGCAAAUCCAGAAAACAAAGAAUUUCAAAGUAAUUCUCAUGGUCUUCCAGUUGUAGUGAUUACUUCCCUACCAGGUUCAGGAGCUGAGAUUCUAAAACAAGUAUUUUUCAACAGUUCAGAUUUUAUUUACCUUAAGAUUCCUACCACUUUUAUUGAUAUUCCAGAUGCAGAGUUUAAAAUAGACUCAUUUGUGGAUGCUUGUGAAUGGAGUAGUUCUGAUGUACAGGAUGGACAUUUCAAAUUAAUCCAAGGUUGGCUGCAAUCUUUGGCCCAAGAUACAAAACUUCAUUUACAAAAUAUUGAUUUGACUGAGCCCGGUAAAGCCAAACUUUUCCGUCAUUCAGUUAUUAAUAGAGAUAAAAAGAGAAGGUACAAACGCAAAGAUCCUUUUUCAGAACAGAAAAGCAGAAACAAAGGAAGUUAUGAUAAAGAAGCUGAUUACAUCAGACAGCUUAGGAACCAUCUAACAACAUUCCCAAAAGCUCAACCGGUUCUUGGCUUAAGCAGUGGAAGCUGGACUUUAAAACUUCCAUUUUUUGCAAAAGUAAUUGGAUCUUCAUUGAGGGCAUUGUUUGUUGUUCGUGACCCUCGUGCGUGGGUUUAUUCAGUGUUGUAUAAAAGCAAGCCUAGUCUCUUUUAUUUGAAGAAUAUGCAGCAGCGGUUAUCAUUAAUGUUUAAAGAAGAAGAAAAACAAAAGUGUAACUCGAAUCCUGGUUAUGCAGUUGAAUAUGACUCUCUAGAAGAAAAACUGUUAGAUACUAAAUCAAAUACAGUUUCCAAACUUUCUCAUUUAUGGUUAUCAAAUACAGCAGCUGUAAGUAGGAUAAACAGAAAUUUGUCAUCACUAAAUUACCUUAUGGUUAGAUUUGAGGACAUUGUAAACUUACCACAGGAAACAACAGAAAGAAUUUAUUCAUUUUUUGGAAUUCCACUUCCUCCAGCAAGUUUAAACCAAAUAAUGUUUGCCAGUUCAACAAAUUUGUUUUAUCUUCCAUAUGAAGGAGAGAUUUCACCAUCUAGUAUAAACAUAUGGAAACUUAAAAUGCCAAAGGAAGACAUUCAAUUAAUUGAGGACAUAUGUUGGACACAAAUGGAUCAGCUAGGGUAUACAAAGUUUAUAGAUUAAAGGUUUUAUUUCCAAUACUAUAGAAUCACAAACCAUUAAGUGAAGAUGAAAAAUCCUAAACUGCAGAAAGGAUAUUCAGAAUAUUUAUAAGAAUAUAAAUGCUGCAGGUCAGCAGUCAUUUGCACUAAUGAACUUUGUAUAUUAUGGAUUGCAAUCAUAAAAAUAGAUUACUUUAUUCUUGUA